CGCGCAAGAGCCCUGCGACUGGAAUCAUUGUACUUGUAUGCCGCUUGUUUGGUGGAGCGUUAACGUUGAAGUUUUUAGCAUUUGCUGAUCUCGAGUUUAAAGCCAUGGCCCGCAAUGCUGAAAAAGCAAUGACAGCCCUGGCGCGGUUUCGCCAAGCACAACUUGAAGAAGGUAAAGUCAAGGAGAGGCGGCCAUUUCUUGCUUCACAAUGUAAUGAGCUUCCAAAAGCAGAAAAAUGGAGAAGACAGAUCAUCAGUGAAAUCUCAAAAAAAGUCGCACAGAUUCAGAAUGCUGGCUUGGGUGAAUUUAAGAUCCGUGACCUCAAUGAUGAAAUCAAUAAGCUGUUGCGUGAGAAGGGACACUGGGAAGUUCGGAUCAAAGAGCUUGGUGGUCCUGAUUAUGCUAGAUUUGGGCCUAAAAUGCUGGACCAGGAUGGAAAAGAGGUACCAGGAAACAAAGGCUACAAAUACUUCGGUGCUGCCAAAGAUCUUCAAGGAGUAAGAGAGCUUUUUGAGAAAGAACCGGUUCCCCCACCAAGAAAGACUCGUGCAGAGCUUAUGAAGGACAUUGAUGCAGAGUACUAUGGUUACAGAGAUGAAGAUGACGGUGUUUUGGUGCCCCUUGAGCAGGAUUGUGAGAAGCUAGCAAUAGCCAAGGCAGUACAGAAGUGGAAAGCUGACAAGGAAUUGCGCCUGGUUGGAGAUGGUGGUCCUGAAAAAGAUGCAGAAGAAGAUGAGCAUAUAUACAGAGUGCAAGAGGAUGAGUCAGAUGAGGAAGAAGGAGAGAAGAUUGAAAGAGAGGACAACUCACAGACAUUUAUGGCUCAUGUGCCUGUACCAUCACAGAAGGAGAUUGAGGAAGCCCUUCUAAGAAGAAAGAAAAUGGAGCUUUUGCAAAAAUAUGCUAGUGAAUCUCUAAUGGCACAAAGUGAGGAAGCUAAAGCCUUAAUGGGCUUGUAGCAAUGAGUGUUGAUCUUUUGGGAUGGAGAACCCUGAUACUGGUUAUUUACAAAUUGGUCGAACCUCCUAUUGGAACUUUACAAAACUGGUUUUGUCACGUUGUAGGACUGUUCACAAACUUGGGUUAGGGCAAAUUUCUGUAAAUACUGUUUUUUGUACUUUUUGACUUUUUUGUAUUAAAUUUUGUAAAAAUGUAUAUAUCCAGUCUGAAAUUUAACCUGUAUUAAUGACUGAUAAAUUAUUUUUUAAAUACCAGGCUGACUAUUUCUGUUUAGAAUAGAAAGUGCUCCCAUCACUUUUUCUAUCUUUGCAGGGUUAAUGUUUUCUCUCCUGGUUGGCUAAUGCUUCCAGCCAGCAGUAGUAUAGCCUGUAAGCAAUACUUAUUUAUCUUUGCAUUAGUGCUUACAUCCAUGGUUGGGCAUUUUGAUGUUUUUUGAGUAGAUACUGUUUAGAGAGUAUAAAUUAGAGUAUAAUUAGUUUGAUUUGUACUGUGAUGCAGCAAUAGUGUUGUAAAUUCCACUGAAACAGGGAUACAUUCAGUACUACUUACAAUCCUACAUGACCCAACAUAAGGCAGCAUACACCGGAAACUGGCACUUUCAUCUAUCAUACACCUCAGCUUUAGCUGCAUUCAUUUGACCUUUUUCAGGGGAUUGUACAAAUUAGGUAAAAAUUUAACAGUAGGUUGCUGUAGCUCCCGUGUCGUCUUAAAAAAAAAAAA